AUGACGUUAUUUAAUAACUACAAUACUAACGAUGGAAUGGCCGAUAACAACAACGGAAACGACAACAACAGUGGUAGAAAUAGUAUCGAAUUUACCGCGGCGACCAAUUCGGUGCGGCCAUCAUGUUCCAAUAUUAAUGUCAUGGUUGAAAGUGGUUUGAAAUGGAAAACAAAUGUGGUACCUGGUUGUACCACUUCUUCAACUGUUACGUUACCCAGACGAGAUUUCCAUUUCAAGCGUAUCGAAGUUGAAGAAGCCCCGAAAUGGUUCGUUUGGCCGAAGCGUAACAAAGAGAGUAGUAAAUCAUCAAGGAAUGAGAAGAAUAUGAGUCAUGAGAAAUCAUCAAGUUCAUCUGGUAAUAACUCCAUUUCCCGUCCUGAUAUAUUACUGCCGCAAAGGAUCACAAAUUUAACAAACGCCAACAACAAUCGACAGCAUAAUUUAAACUACAUGGCAUUGGCUCAGUCUGAAAAUGAUAAUACAGUAAUGGUACAGUCAGGUGCACGUCAACAUCACGAGUUGCACUAUCGUAAUGUGAUCGGUACAGAACUUAUCAACACACCCAAUUCCCAACCAAGUUCUCACAUUAUGCGUUGCCACAUUGCAACCACAGUUGAUAGUGAACAAUGUAUUGCAGGAUCCGCCCCAACUAUCUCUCAGACUUUUAAAAUUUUGUCAAUAUCAAAAAAACCCUUAGAAAACUGCGAUGAUGACGACUUAGAUCUCACAAACUCUGUCAUUUCGAAUUGUCGGCAAUCACAUUCUCAACCGACGGUACUUUUGUCUCAAUCAGCAACAGCCGGUGACACUGUUAAAGAAGUUCACUAA